ACCAUUAUGGAACCAACAAUGAAAUAAUGAUCAGGAGGAGAAGGGUGAUGAUUAUAAUGAUGAUGAUGAAAGAUGAUGGUGAUGAUAAUGUUAUUAUUAUUUUGUACCUUUAUUUUAACAGUGAUGAUGAUGAUUGGUGGUGAUGAUGGUGAUGAUGUUGGUGGUGGUUAUAGAGUUAGAAACUCACACUGUAGGUCUUUGUAUACAGAUAAAUGAGUGUGUUCCAGCUGGAGACCUAUGCAUUCUGUAGAGUUAAUUGGCCAAAGCAUAGCGGACGGGUUCUACUACAGACGGGUUCUACUAUUAUUUCACAUUAAAGAUAUAACGGCGUACCGAUGGACAGUGUGUUAGAGGGUAAAGAGAGAGAAAGAGAGAUGGCAUGGUCUCAUGACGCCCGUAUUGACAUCACUCGGGUUGGAGAAGGGCGAGGAGGAGAGGAGAGGCGCUCCCGUUAUUAGACCAGGGCUCGCGGUCACGCUCACUCCUGGAGAUGCACGCGUUGCUGCGAGACAAACGGAUAAACUCGAGGAGAGAGGCAACGAGGCGCUGCACUCAGGAGUACCACUGCGCGAAUAGACGGAACCAGGGGCCACGAGCCAGCCAAAGCAUGACUGCGCAUCUUCUGCGCUUGGAUAUACUAAACACUCGCACACAUUCCUACCAAACCGAGAUAUGAGCUCUAGUAACGAGGAAACACGAGGAAUCUGAAACAGCAACGCAACGACUCUGGGUGAUGGACUCAAUGCGCAACUUGGAAUUAUGUUGGACACGGUUUUGUUUUCAUAAAUUCCAGAACGUUUUUUGGCUACAUUGAGGACGUGCUCAAGUUACAACAUAAAGACUAACUUCACAGUGCCAUUCAGAAACAACUUAUUAUUAAGAAGUACACUUAACUCGAAUAAUGUGAGGACAUAUUUUGGUAUCACGCCAGUUAGUCUGCCGAAGGGCAACCAUUGUAUGAGCUAAAUCUGUUCAAACCAUAUUUGUUAGAAUAAUUUGUUCUUAAAUUAGCCUACAUACACAGCUUGUAUAUGCUCAGAUAGCUUGGCUGUUUGCGUCUCCUAAGAGACAGCGGGGUUUUGAGGGAGAAAAGGUGCGCGCACUGACAUCUGAAGUUGGUUAUCCUACUGAGGAAAGGGUGGUUGUAACUUGUUCCCAAUCUCGCCUGUUUCUCCUUGUAUUAUAGUCAGAAAUUAGAUUGAAAGGCUAUUUCUGUAACCGCCCUGCAAUCACGUUCCGCCUCUUUAAAAUAUCAAAAUCAAGCAGCUGUGAGAUUACAAUCCAUUCUGUUUUGUGUGCUGGACUACUUUUAAUUGUUUGAGCGGUUUAAUUUCAUACUGUAGGUAUUCCACAUAGCCCAGAUCGACGGGAAAUAUAUUUACGCUCUACUGUAUUCAUCGCACUCGAAUAGAAAACCACUGACCACUGGCGCACUCCAUGGGCAUAGUUUAGCGUUUGACUGAUUAGAAUGGACUUGGAUGAUGAAAUUGGCAGGAGAAGGUGAAUGAACUGCGAUAACACGAAAUUAUGACUUUUUAUAGGCUGUAGAAAGAUCAGUUAUAGGCUAAUCUUUUUUCCCUAAACUUUUCAGUGAAUGCUUUGACAGCAACAUAAACAAGCUCAGCUAUAGGACUGCUUUUUUAGGAUAUAAUUUUACCUCAGCCAUCCUCAAGGACUAUAAAACAAACAUAUUGAUUACUACAACAUUUUAUUAACCACUUUAAUCAACCCCAUCCAUCGUGUUAGUCAUGGCAUCACCCUUGGAUAGUGCAUGUUCAGUGGGGCUGGGCAACACUAAUAGCUCGACCAGCGGUUCAUCUCUUCCCUGCAAUCAAAGCGUCUCUUCCCUGCAACUGACCCCUUACUCCCCCGAAGCCACGGCGCUCUUUGCUACGGCUAUCACCCUCAUGAUAGUCUUUACCAUCGUGGGAAACAUCUUUGUCAUCAUCGCAGUCCUGACCAGCCGUGCACUCAGAGGACCACAGAACCUGUUUUUAGUGUCGCUAGCAGCUGCGGACAUUUUAGUGGCAACCCUCAUCAUCCCGUUUUCCCUGGCCAAUGAACUGCUGGGUUACUGGUACUUCAAGUCUCUGUGGUGUGAGAUCUACCUGGCGCUGGACGUUCUGUUCUGUACUUCCUCUAUAGCUCACCUGUGCGCCAUCUCAUUAGACCGUUACCUGUCCAUCAGCCGGGUUACCUACUCCCGCCAGCGCACACCCAUGCGUAUCAAAGCCUCCAUCGUGGUGGUGUGGCUCAUCUCGGCCAUCAUCUCCUUUCCUCCUCUCCUGUCGCUGAAUAAGAGCGAGCCAGGUGGCGAGGGUAGUGAGAGGGGGCCUCAGUGCCAGCUAAACGACGAGCGCUGGUACAUUCUCUACUCCACUGUCGGCUCCUUCUUCGCCCCUUGUCUCAUCAUGAUCCUGGUCUACAUGAGGAUCUACCAGAUCGCCAAGCAGCGCACACAGAACCCGCCAGGCGAGCCCAGGAAGGAUGGGGUGGGCUGUGCCACCCCAAGUCAAACCCCUCAGGGGAUCCAAGCCAACGGGAAGGAGGAGGGAGGGAAAACCCCAGCUAUUCCCCAUAAAACUUCCAGCAUCAGACCACCCACCCUGGCUAUUACUCCAUCACUGUCCCCCGACCAGGCCAAUGAGACCCACUCUUCUCCCACCCCCAAUAACCUCCUUCAUCCUCCGGAUCCAUCCCUAGCUCCAACCCCAACCACCACCUCCCCUCCCACCUCACCCCUGGGUCCCUCACACUCUUCAGUCUCCCCCUCUCCCUCUCCCUCCUCCACCCUUCCCCCACUUUCCCAGGCCAAACCCAAAGAUGGGGAGAAGAAGGGGAAGAAGGGGAAGAAGGGGAAAAAGUAUAACAAUAAUGGGGAUAGCUCAAACAGCUCUGACAGUGACAUGGAGCACGAGGGAGGGGGGAGGAGGGGAGUCAACACCCCUAGCAUGGCGGGUUCACCCGGCAUCCACUCCCCUGCCACCAUCCAGAAGUACAGGGACAUGAUCGCCACAUCUAAGGGGGCUCGGCUGGUGGCGGGGAGAAGGUCUAAGCCAGACACCACUCCAGGAGCGGCACGUCGUAAAGCCAUGGUGAACCGAGAGAAGCGUUUCACGUUCGUCCUGGCCGUGGUGAUCGGAGUGUUUGUCGUCUGUUGGUUCCCUUUCUUCUUCUCCUACUCGCUGCAGGCCAUCUGUCCUGAGACCUGCGCCCUCCCUGAUCCCCUCUUUAAGUUCUUCUUCUGGAUUGGCUACUGCAACUCCUGUCUGAACCCCGUCAUAUACACCAUCUUCAACCAGGACUUCAGGAAGGCCUUCAAGAAGAUCCUUUGUAAGAACACCAAGGGCACCUUCUUCUAGACUGGUUGCUCUGUAAGGACACCAAUGACAACAUUCUUUUAGUCAAGGGGCCUUAAACAGAUUACCUGUAAGGUCAGUUCCUUCUUUUCACUCCCCUCUAAACCUGUUGAGGUUUACAAAACAGCACAAAUAUUCUGUCCUUUUUUGAAAAUGUUCACUGAUUUUAGAAUCUAAUUGAUGACAUUACAAAGGGCUGCCGAUUCUACCGUGAACUGCUGCAGACUUUCCAAAUAGAAUGCGGACUCAGAAUAGCUGUAGAAAAGCUCACCUCGCAACAGGGUUAAAAAGACCUUGUGUAAGAAAGAAACUCUCUAAGGGCUUGUUGUUUUAGUCCCUUGGUGCGUAUCUGCAGAAGUCCAGCUGUUACCUGGAGAACUGUGACGGCCCAUUGCAAGGACAUGGUUUGGGGAGAGUAUGUGCAAUACAUGUUCAGUGACUUCUACUCUGGGGGGCUUUAGAAUGAUACUGUGUACUAAUCUGAUCAUGAUAUUUUAUUAAAAGGUAGGAGGGAUGUUUUGAGGUGUGAGCAUCACAUAUUAUGCACAGAAAGUGGAUGGAGAGGAGGAAGAGAGGAGGGAAAGAAAAUGCCAUUUUGGCUUUUUAGUCACUCGUGACAUUAAGGACAUGUUGUUGUUGGUAAAGUGACAGUGUAGCGCUGCUCUCAUCAGAGUCGGAUUGACUGAUUCAUAUUAAGGUUGUCUGGGAAAUCUGUUUAAUUUAAAAUUGAGAAACUUUUGGGUACAGAAGUACAUCACUAGGGUUGCAAAAAUAUUUAAACUUUCAAUAAAUGCCAAUGUUUUCCUGAAAUCCCUGUUGGAAGAUUCCCAGAAUCAGGAGGGAAUAAGCAGGAAAUCCAGAGUCUGGGAAAUUUCUGGGAAAAUCAGGAAAUUUAUUGAAAGUUCCUGGAAUUUUGCAACCCUAUACACCACCGCUCACUGAGAACUCCUGAUCUACACACAACAUUCUUUAAAACAAUAUAGUAUCCUUUAAUUAGCAGUCUGAAAAACGAAACAGAACAACGUGAGGAGAUGAUGUUUUGGAGAGAUAGAGGACUGAGAAUGAACCCAAAUACCUGUCAGCCUGUUUAAGUACCUGUCUCUAUCAGAGGGCAGAACCAUGAGGAACACACAAGACCCAAGUCGUCUGUCUACUUAUGUCUGCAUGGUUACUUUUUUCCUGCCUCAGGAAUAGCAUGCGUUCCUGUAGAGAUGUUAUCCACAUGAGAGAUACAACAACAAGGCUUUUACUGUUCAACUCCCUCUCAAACGCUGAUCCCCACCACUGCUGUAGUGUGGGGCUUAGGCUAUAUUUUGAAAGACACCUUUGUAAAACAAACAUACCUUGCCUCUGGCUCUGUGAGGACAGCGGGUGCAUCUCAAUGGUCCAUUAUUGGUUCCUCUACUCGUGUGUUUUUCUUCAUCUGCACUGAAAAACAAAGGAUAUACGUAGGUGAAUGCAAAAUGAAGGAUCAGGAAUUUGUUUCCACCUGCCCGGCUCUGGGUCGGUGCAGGUGGACUAAAAGAAGAUGAAGAGAAGAAACCACUUAACACACUCUAUAAAUCCCAAAUAGCACCCUAUUCCCUUUAUAGUGUACAGCUUUUGAUCAGGGCCUAUAGGGCUCUAGUCAAAAGCAGUGCACUAUGUAGGGAAUAGGGUGCCAUUUGGGAUUCAGAGUGCCUCGCAGAGAGCCUUUAAGGUACAGCUUUACCUCUCCCCCAAUAUCGCUACACCACAGGGUGACCUCUGUUUCCACAUUUUUUACAUUUACAUUUUAGUCAUAUAGCAGACGCUCUUAUCCAGAACGACAUGCAUGUUCAUACUUUUUUCAUACUGGUCUACCUUGUUCCAUCAACAUCAACAUGGACUGGGUCUGUACAUUGAAUCUAUAUAGCACAAUUCCAAGUGCUUAAAGCAUAUUGCAUUGUAAAGAGAAUAAAUACUUUCCAAAAUUGGGACAAGGAAAGCAAAUUCGGACAUUAAGAGAUUUUUGCAAUGCAGUAUAUAGUCUUUUUUUCCCUAUUAAAGACACUGGACAGUGACUGGCUAGCUUUGUUUGAGUGGAUUCACCUGAUUUCAGCCUGAAAGGACAUUGCUAUUACCGAACACACUUCUCCCCAUGGAACAGAACAGAGCAGAACAGUGGAUGUUUAUGAGAGGAGAAACUCAGCCACCUACCGCUGGCCUGACACAAACAUUUCAAACGGUCUUGAAAAAAACUCUAGUUGAUAUUGAUUAUAACACUGAAAGGUCCUGAAUAUCCUCAACUGUUUCUGGAAGGACAUUCAUCCCAUAAGAUAAUGUAAUACUUUAUUAAUGAAUGAUUGAUAGAUGGAUUAAUUGAUUGAUUUGGAAAUGUGCCUGCACUGGCUGACUGGACUUCAAUCUGACACUUUCCUUUAUUUCUGAGAGGUACUGUGACUCUCUAUGGUUGCUCUUUAUGUACAGUAUUUCUUAGAGACUGACAGGUCAUGAUGCUCUUUGUGUUUUCUCCCUCACAGAGGCUAUGUCUGUAAUUGUGAAUGCUGUGUUAUAACACUAUGGGACGAGGGCUGUCGGCAACAACCCUUUUAGGCUCCUGUGGGAAAUUCUGCUUGUGUGUGUGCGAGUGACUGUGUGUAUGUGUGUGUGUGUGUGUGUGUGUGUGUGUGUGUGUGUGUGUGUGUGUGUGUGUGUGUGUGUGUGUGUGUGUGUGUGUGUGUGUGUGUGUGUGUGUGUGUGUGUGUGUGUGUGUGUGUGUGUGUGUGAGAGAGAGAGAGAGACAGAGAGAGAGAGAGAGAGAUACUGUGUGUGUUUGUGUGUGUGUGUGUGUGAGAGAGACAGAGAGACUGUGUGUGUGUGUGUGUGUGUGUGUGUGUGUGUGUGUGUGUGUGUGUGUGUGUGUGUGUGUGUGUGUGUGUGUGUGUGUGUGUGUGUGUGUGUGUGUGUGUGUGUUUGUGUGUGUGUUUGAUAAGAGCCUGCAUGAGUACUGUGUGUUUGCUAAUGAUCCACUUCUAGUGGUACCAGCUGGCUGUUAUUGUAUACUGUGGAUGUCCUCACACUGGUAAGCACAGAAAACAGAUGUGGUGAUAGAGAAUCUGUCCAGAGAGCUCUCCCUGAGGGACACUAGUCACUAGAUGGCCUGCUAGAAUGGACAAAAGGGAGGUAUACCAGAACUAUUUAGCAAGCAUAUUAUCUAUAUGGUCUUCAUUUAUGGUUAUGGUAACUGUUAAGGAUCUCAGUAAGAUCAAAGGUGAGGUAAGGGUUAGUUGCUGACAUUAAAUUUUGUGGUGAAAAUUGCAUUUUGUGGAACUCUGUCCUUUCAAACAUGGCCGUUUAGUGACCCCCGAGGGACAGAAGAGCCCUGGGAAACCAGCUGACACAGACAGAGAGGGACUCAUGCUCUAACAAAGGGCUGUGAUUGGAUAAGCUAUAUGUAUUAUUUAUUUAUUUAGAGCCAUUUUUUGUUUUCUGUUCGUUUGAUAUUUAUAGUUUUUUUCUUCCUGGUGGGCACUCCAAGCAACGCAAAGCUAAUGUGAACAAAACAGAGUUAACACUGUAUAAAAUCUGAAUAUGUCGAAUGAGAUUCAUUUAUUUAAUGUGAGCAGAGGAACAUGAUUCAGGAGCAGACCUAUGUAUGCAGGAGUUGGGGUUAUUUCUAUCGGAACUCAGUCAAUGCAGAAGAUAAAUGUCAUGAAUUGAGAAAAUCCUUUACAAUAUUGGUCAUAUGGAUUUGAAUGUCCUUGAAUUUUCCUGCAGCUUAUUUUUUUCUGUAUUCUUUUUUACUUGUUUCUUAAACAGUUAAAAUGUUGGUUUGUAAGAUACUUUACUGUGCUGAUGGAUGGCACUAUAACAGUCUGUGGUUGCAUAACCAUGGAGCUCAGCAAACAAUCGCCCCUGUGUUGGCACAAAUCGUUCUGCGACAAUAACAUUCUCUUGCAUUCUAGAAUGUGAUUGUCAUAGAACUUUUGGUGGCAACAGGGCGGCCAUGAAAUCUCAAUAUAUAGUGAAUCAUCAUUCUCCCUGCUCCUCUGUGACCUGCCUGGACUCUUCUUUUUCUUCCCCUGCUGUGUUUUCCCCUGGACUCCCUCCCUCUCCCCUCCAUUUAUAAAUAAAGCAGUUUAAAUCA